CCUCCUCCCACCCCGCCCUGGCCUGUGGCCUCACCAUUGGACCGGGAAAGGGGAAAUUCUUGCGUUUAAAGUCCAGCAGGUGGAAGGUCCAGGCUGGGACACCUGGGUCUCUUGGCAGUGUCUGCAGACAUGACCAGGGCUGGUGGGGGCCUCAGGGCCUGGGGGAGCCUGGUGCUGCUGGGCCUGUGCAGCUGGACAGGGGCCAGGGCGGCUGCCCCCAACCCCGUCAGGAACCUGGGUGUGGAGACCCAGACCACCAGCUCCAUCACCCUGAGGUGGGAGGUGCCCGAAGGCCCUGACCCUCAGGGCUACACCUACUGGGUCCAGUGCACUGGAGAUGGAGGCACAUCUGAGACCAGAAGCACAACCAACACCAGUGUCUCAGUGGAAGGUCUGGAACCCGGGACCUUGUACGAAUUCUCUGUGUGGGCGGAGGCGAAUGGCGUUCCUGGCUCCAACCAGACCCUCAACAGCUCCACAGCCCCCAACCCCGUCAGGAACCUGGGUGUGGAGACCCAGACCACCAGCUCCAUCACCCUGAGGUGGGAGGUGCCCGAAGGCCCUGACCCUCAGGGCUACACCUACUGGGUCCAGUGCACUGGAGAUGGAGGCACAUCUGAGACCAGAAGCACAACCAACACCAGUGUCUCAGUGGAAGGUCUGGAACCCGGGACCUUGUACGAAUUCUCUGUGUGGGUGGAGGCGAAUGGCGUUCCUGGCUCCAACCAGACCCUCAACAGCUCCACAGCCCCCAACCCCGUCAGGAACCUGGGUGUGGAGACCCAGACCACCAGCUCCAUCACCCUGAGGUGGGAGGUGCCCGAAGGCCCUGACCCUCAGGGCUACACCUACUGGGUCCAGUGCACUGGAGAUGGAGGCACAUCUGAGACCAGAAGCACAACCAACACCAGUGUCUCAGUGGAAGGUCUGGAACCCGGGACCUUGUACGAAUUCUCUGUGUGGGUGGAGGCGAAUGGCGUUCCUGGCUCCAACCAGACCCUCAACAGCUCCACAGUCCCCAAUGCAGUGACAAGUCUCAGGGUGGAAGACUGGACCAACAGCUCCCUCACCCUGAGCUGGACCGCUCCCCAGGGCCCACCUCACCCUCCCUACACCUACUCGGUCUCAUGGGUCGAGGAGAGCACUCCUGCCUCUGGGACCCGUCACACCCUAAACACCCGGGUGGUGCUGGAGCUGGAAGCUGGGAGCCUGUUUACCUUCACUGUCUGGGCAGAGAGGAAUGGAGCCAGCAGUGACAACAGGACCCUCACCGGGGCCACUGCUCCCAGCGAGGUCACAGGCCUGCAGAACGAAACGCAGACCAGCACCUCAGUCACCCUGCAGUGGGAGGCCCCCGCAGACCCCCACUCUCAGCUCUACGUAUUCUGGGUCCAGUGGGUCAGUGGAGGACAUCCCCAGGGAGAGCAAGGUCCCCAAGGACGUCAGGCCAACCAGACGGGCAGGACCAAUGAGACUCGGUUCGAGGUGGAGGCCCUGGAACCCGGGACUCUGUACAACUUCAGCGUGUGGGCAGAGAGGAACAACGUAGCCGGUUCCACACGGAGCCUCCGUGCAUCCACAGCUCCGGACCCUGUCACCAUCACCUCCUGCUCCAGUGCCUCGGGGGGCUACAAGGUCGUUGUGACCUGGUCCUGCCCCCCAGGAGGCUAUGAAGCCUUUGAAUUGGAGGUGGGCCGACAGCGGGUCUCCCAGCCCCCCUCUUCCUGUGGGAAGGGCGUGUCAAUGUCAGGACUUGGGCCAGCUAAGUCCUACCCAGUCAUGGUCACCACCCUGUGGGACGGAAUGAGGGCCCAGUCUACCUCAGUGACCUGCCACACCGAGAGCGCAGGGGUCAUCGCUGGAGCCAUCAUUGGCGUCCUCCUGCUUCUCAUCCUGGUGGGCCUGCUGGUUUUCUUCCUGAAGAGGAGGCGUGAGAAGAUGAUUGAGAAGAGACAGGUACCCAGGGACCUGGUGUUCAGCUUCCCAGGGGACAUCCCAGCUGAGGACUUUGCCGACCACGUCAGGAAAAAUGAGAAGGACAGCUGCUGUGGCUUUGCAGAGGAGUACCAGCAACUGGCCCUGGAGGACCACAGCCAGUCCCAGAAGGUGGCCUCGGCUCCAGAAAACAGCGCCAAGAACCGUUACAGAAAUGUGCUGCCCUAUGACUGGUCCCGAGUGCCCCUGAUGCCCCUCCGCGGGGAGCCGGGCUCCGAGUACAUCAAUGCCAGCUUCAUACCUGGUCUCUGGAGCCCCCAGGAGUUCAUUGCAGCCCAGGGCCCCCUACCCCAGACGGUGGGCGACUUCUGGCGCCUGGUGUGGGAGCAGCAGAGCCACACUCUGGUCAUGCUGACCAACUGCGUGGAGUCCGGCCGGGUGAAGUGUGCACAUUACUGGCCCCUAGACGCCCAGCCCUGCACCCAUGGGCACCUACAAGUGACCCUGGUGGCUGAGGAGGCGACGGAGAACUGGACGGUGCGAGACAUGAAGCUCUGGCAUAUGCAAGAGCAGAAGGCUUUAUCGGUGCAUCAGUUCCACUUUGUGACCUGGCCGGACCACGGCGUCCCCCACUCCCCAGACCCCCUGCUGGCCUUCUGGAAGAAGCUCCGGCAGUGGCUGGACCAGAGCAUGGGGGGAGGCCCCCCCAUUGUGCACUGCAGCGCUGGCGUGGGCCGCACGGGCACCCUCAUUGCCCUGGACGUCCUGCUGCGGCAGCUGGAGUGUGAGGGUCUCGUGGGGCCCUUCAGCUACGUGAGGAAGAUGAGAGAAAGCCGGCCACUGAUGGUGCAGACGGAGGCCCAGUACGUGUUCCUACACCAGUGCAUCCUUCGGUUUCUGCAGCAGUCAUCCCCGGCGCCCGCGAAGAAGGGGGCCAUAUAUGAGAACCUAAGUUAUGAGAAUGCAGCUGCGACAGAGGCUUAAGUUGGGAGAGGGCUGAGACCCCAGCCCAUCUAGACUCACAUUCCGAAUUCCUCUUCAGCCCAGAUACCUGGACCUUGGGGACAGCACAAGGCUGGGGUCUCAGACCCCUGGGCUCUGCAGGAAGAGGGGGCUGGCAGCCUCAACUCCUACUUUCUGGAGGGAGAGAGGUUAAGUGGGAAGCCAGAUCCUAGAUUUCCAGGUCCUUGAAGAAGGGGAGGGAUGGAAGCCAGGAUUUCCUUUUGUU